CUUCAGGCCAAGCCAUAAUUAUGCAGAACGCUUGAAGUAAUCACAGAUUUAACAUUUGUGGUUCCAGCUAUUCAGGACCAAUUCCCAAACUCCACGACAUGUAACAAUUUGUAAUUUUGCUAAGACACAGUUUGAUGCUUAGGUUGUAAGACUGGUGUGCUAGACAUUAUCAAGUGGUUUAUGAGAGUAGCCCUGUGUCUCCAUUGGGUAAAGUAGCUGGAUCGAAAGGAUCAUGAAGAGAUAAAGAAAUGGCUUUGAGAAGCCAACUAGUCACGGUGAUAGUAAGCAAAGGUAUACAAACACUAAGGAAGAAGUUACCCUUUGUAUUGUCAAAGGUUUCAGUUUUGUGUAAGGUUGUGAUUCACGGGCAGCUAAUCCCCAUCGGUAAAAUUAAAUCCUUUUUUUAUUCACUGCAAAUAGAUAAAUCUGUCGAAGACACUUUGGCUCUUGUCACUAGCAGAAAAUGUGAGGUUUCUUCAGGUUUUUCCUAUUCCUUGUUUCAUGGGCGCAUCUUCCCCCAAACACUGCAAAACUCAAGUUUUCAGAUUCAUGUAGCAGAGAAAGCAGUGAUCUCGGCUUCAGGAGCUAAAUUCUCUAGUUCUGACCGUGCCACUAACAGACCGUGUGACUUCAGCCAAGUACAUUCCUUUCUCCCGUUUCGUUUCCUCUAGGUCAAAGGCAGAGCCAUGAGAAGGAUCACAACCAGGGAGCAACUUCAUGGUUAAAACCUAAGACUUCAGGGACGGACGUUUGUCUGUUCCCGGCGACACCUCGGGCCCAUCUGGCCCACCCCACACAGCGCAAAGCCCCCUCCACUGACGCCAGGCCUGUGGCCUCGCGCAAACCCGUUGGUCGUUAACACCUCCCCCGAAAUGGGCGGGGCGGAGGGCUUCAGCUUCCGGCGGCAAAUGGCGAGGCGGCGCGUGGCGUUGCCCACUGGCCUCAGCACGGGCCUGCUCACGCACGCAUCCGCCCGCCGCGCGAGAGGCCCUGUCCGCCGCCGUUGAAGGGCUUCCCAGCCCUAGCAGUGCAUACUGUGAAGCCCCCAAAAGGCUCUGCGGGGCCGAGGAGACUAGUUAGGUGUGGGGGAGGGGGAAGAGAAUCCGAACUAUUUAUGCUAAUUAGCGCGUGCUUCCUUUAUGGAGAUUGGCCAGGAUUUUACUCUAGUAACCAAUCACUUAAUAACAAGGGUGGGCUGGUCGAGAUCUCUCGCACUCAUUGGUUGAGAGGCUUGAGCGCAAUGGAAGGACUUAAACUGAGAGUAUCCGGGAUUAUUUUUCCCCGCCGUGCGGUGCGUGUCCCGGAAAUGACGCACGGCCAAGGCCGGGCGGCCGCCCUGCCCUCGCUUCCUUUCACGUUGUCGCUGCCCGUAGGUGGUUGUGGUCACUGUGCCCGGAGGGAGGCGGCGGUGGCCAGUAAUGCCUGGGAAACUCCUCUGGGGGGACAUUAUGGAGCUGGAAGCACCCUUGGAGGAGUCCGAGAGCCAGAAGAAGGAGAGGCAAAAGAGCUUUAUGGAUAUCGCAAUUUCGGAUAAGGGAUUAUGGACCUGUACUUCCCUUAUAGGGUAAUGAAGAUUUAAACAAGAUAAGCUGAAAACACAUUACACAGUGCUGGAGUGACAGAAGGAAGUCAAGGCACCAUUAUGAUUCAGAUGAGAAAUCAGAAACAAGAGAAAAUGGUGUUACAGAUGACCUGGAUGCUCCCAAGGCCAAAAAAACUAAAAUGAAAGAGAAGCUAAAUGGAGACACUGAAGAAGGAUUUAACAGACUUUCAGAUGAAUUCUCUAAAUCUCAUAAGUCAAGAAGAAAAGAUCUACCAAAUGGAGAUAUUGAUGAAUAUGAAAAAAAAUCAAAGCGAGUAUCAUCCUUAGAUAGUUCUACUCAUAAAUCAAGUGAUAAUAAACUAGAGGAGACCUUAACACGUGAACAGAAAGAAGGAGCCUUCUCCAAUUUCCCUAUUUCUGAAGAGACUAUAAAGCUUCUGAAAGGUCGAGGGGUAACAUACCUCUUUCCUAUUCAAGUUAAGACUUUUGGUCCUGUAUAUGAAGGAAAAGAUUUAAUAGCUCAAGCACGGACAGGAACAGGAAAGACAUUCUCUUUUGCCAUUCCCUUGAUUGAAAGACUACAAAGAAAUCAAGAAACAAUUAAAAAAAGCCGCUCACCAAAGGUACUCGUUUUGGCUCCAACAAGGGAACUGGCAAAUCAAGUAGCCAAAGACUUCAAAGAUAUAACUAGGAAACUCAGUGUGGCAUGUUUUUAUGGUGGAACAUCAUAUCAAAGCCAAAUUAAUCAUAUUCGAAAUGGUAUUGACAUCUUGGUUGGAACCCCUGGUCGUAUCAAAGACCAUCUGCAGAGUGGCCGAUUGGAUCUUUCUAAACUGCGCCAUGUUGUACUUGAUGAAGUGGAUCAAAUGUUAGAUUUAGGUUUUGCUGAACAAGUUGAAGAUAUUAUUCACGAAUCCUACAAAACUGAUUCUGAAGACAAUCCUCAGACUUUACUUUUUUCUGCAACUUGCCCACAGUGGGUAUACAAAGUUGCAAAAAAAUACAUGAAAUCCAGAUAUGAACAGGUUGACCUUGUUGGAAAAAUGACUCAAAAGGCUGCAACCACUGUGGAAGUAAGUAGCUUUCUAGCAUGAUAGAUUUUAGCUUUUAGUUGGUAUUUACUUUUGACAUUUGUUGAAGCUAAACCUAAGUUUUGGAUUCUUAUUCAGGCCUAAUCUCUGUUUUCUGCUCUUAGUCAAUAAAAUACCUAUUUAUUUUUGUAGUCUGAGACUGAGUAGCAGAAUAGAAUAAAUAGGGCAGGGGGUGAGGGAGCACAUGAAUAGGAAAGUCCUAAUAGGAAACAUACAAACAGCCAUAGAGACAGAUUUAAAGUAUUUCUUUCUUUCUCUCUUUAAAGCAGCUAAAAAAAAAAAAAAAAAAAAAAAAAAC